AUGACUGCAGCUAGAGAAAAUAAAAGGAUUUGCACCUUGCCAUACCCUGCCCUGCCCAGUCAGUCCCGGGAGCCGCCAUGCCCGCGCUGUGCCCACAGCCCCAGCUCCGCGGCGCUCGUCUCCACCACCAAGUCCGGCCUGUGCUGGGGCCACGCUGGGCAGGCGCGGGGCCAAAUGCAGCGCCCCCCUCAGGCUGUGUGCCACCGGUGCAGCCGUGGCCGUUACGCUUCGGGCGUUGUGGCGACAGUCGGUGAUCAGCACCAUGGCGGAGGUGCCGCUGCCUGCCGGGCUCAACGCCAGCACCUUCCCCGCCAAGCUGUGGCGCCUGGUGAACAACCCCUGCGUCCGCUCCGUGCGCUGGGACAGCCAGGCCCGGGGGCUAUUCAUCGACCGUUCCCUCUUCGAGCGGGAGCUGCUCAGCCCGGCCAAUGCCCAUGGGGGGGGGGCAGCAAGGGGGUGGGGGCGGCCCCGGACUCUUUCCAAGCCACGCACUUCGGCAGUUUCGUGCGCCAGCUGAACCUCUACGGCUUCCAAAAGGUGCCGGGCUGGGUUGGCGCAGCUGUGCCGGGCGAUGCUGGGGGCUGGCUCCACUUCAGGAAUCCCAACUUUCGCCGUGACCGCCCCGACCUCCUCCUCCGCAUCAAGCGCCUGACCAGGGCUAAUAGGCUGCGGCUAGCGGCGGGGCUGGAGGUGCGCAGCCGCCAGCCCAGCCGCUUCCAGCAGCUCCACACGGACCGGCCGCUGCCCGCCUUCCCCGCUGGGCAGCUGCCCAGAGCCGCUGCAUUGGGCACUUCAGCCCCCAGUGCUCCAGCUUGCAGUGGUGGUUAUGCAGCAUGGACAGCCCCCAGCUGGGUAUGGAGUACUCCUGGUGAAGAGGAAUUGCCACUACUGGAUCUGGACCUUGUGCUUGAGACACUGGAGAAGAUGGUUUCACCAUCCCUGCCUGAAAGGUGUCCCUCUGCUCAGGACAAUAUUAGCGUUGCCCCUGAGUCUUCAGGAGAGGACAGUAUGGACAGGGCUGCAGCAGAGGGAGCUUCAUCUGGGACCAGGAGCUGUGGGCACAGGUCCCAGGAGCCCAAGGAGCUUGAUAUUCAUCUGAUCUACCUUGCCAGGAGGGCUGCCCUGCGUGCGAAGAAGGACCAGAGUGAGAGCCUGUGACCGCCGGGCAGGUGGAAUCUCUCUGUUUA